CCACGUCAAUUCCAGCGAUAUACCCUGCUCAGUGAUGAGCUGGUGGCUGCGAAAUUGGAGGUGGAGCAGCUAUCUACUCAACUAGCGGAGGAGAAGACAGAGAAUCGAGCCUAGAGAACUCGUAUGGAAGUUAGGGAAGCUGAGUGGGGAAAGAGGCUCCAAGAUAUGGCGGCAGAUGUGGAGAAGCUUUCGGCCACCAAGGUGGUCGAUUGGACAGAGCAGAGCAGAUAUGGUAUCCAGGGUGAGAGGGUGCAGGGACUCUUUGGCCAGGGAGGGGCGGUAGAGCCUCCCCAACAGAAAGAGAUAAAGAAGGUGUUCCUGGAUCCAACGGAAGCAGAGGCGAGGAGGAAAGCCGAAGAGAAGAGUUUUAGCUUCAAGGCUCUCAUAGAGUUAGCCCCGCAGCAGGUGACCCCUAUGCCGAUCGAGACCCCUGCAAAGGAGCCAACUGAAAGACCCCAAUCUCCACCAGCAGAAAAAGGUUCCGCAGAGGAGUCCCCUACGAUCCUUUUGGAGGUACGGGGAGGUACCCUUACAGGGGCAGUGGUGCCAACUAAGCCUGAGACUAUGGAGGAGGAAACAUCUCGUUUGGACGAGCUAGUGGCAGCCAUGGAGGUAGACAUGCCGCUGGAGAGACCCCAGAGACUAGAUACACCUGAGUAUAGGUCAGGGAACGCGGGCGCACAAGGUAGUGAGGACGCCGGGGCCGCGGAGCCCGCAUCUCAGGGUUGCAUGGGAUUGCCAUUAUGUUACGAGGAGGCCACUGAAGCGGCGGGGGUACCAUCCAUUCCAAACCCCCAAGGGAAGGGGAAGCCCAAAAAGUGGUUUGAUUCGUCCUGUUUCUUUUGCAAGGAAGAUCCUCCUGGACGAGGAGUCAACGUCCUUGGAGGAAUCAGUCACGAUGUCUGAACUCAUUGGGGCUACCAACAACAUGGCAAAGGGAAAGUGCCCCGGUCUAGAUGACCUCCUGUUAGAAUUCUACCAGCGUUUUUGGCCGCUGUUGGCACCGAACCUAUUGAGAAUAUCAGAUUUUGGAUGGCGAGAAAUUGGGACCGAGAACAACGGAAGGAAUCAUAACCCUCUUUUUCAAGAAGGGGAACAAGAGUGAUGUGAGAAAUUAUCGGCCGAUUUCUUUCCUGAAUGUUGAUGGAAUAAUCCACCCCUAAGACACUAACCCACCGCCUGAUCCCAUUCCUAAACAAACUAGUCCACCCGGA